AUGAGUACCGAUUUAUGCCCUGUUUAUGCUCCAUUUUUUGGUGCCAUUGGUUGUGCAGCUUCCAUUAUUUUCACAUCCUUAGGUGCUGCCUAUGGUACAGCUAAAUCUGGUGUUGGUAUUUGUGCCACCUGUGUUUUGAGACCAGACUUAUUGAUUAAGAACGUUGUUCCAGUUGUUAUGGCAGGUAUUAUUGCCAUUUAUGGUCUGGUUGUUUCAGUUUUGAUCUCUUCUUCUUUAACUCAAAAACAAGCUUUAUAUACUGGGUUUAUCCAACUUGGUGCUGGUUUGUCAGUUGGUUUGAGUGGGUUAGCUGCCGGUUUUGCCAUCGGUAUCGUUGGUGAUGCUGGUGUUAGAGGUACUGCUCAACAACCAAGAUUAUUCGUCGGUAUGAUUUUGAUUUUGAUUUUUGCUGAAGUUUUAGGUUUAUAUGGUUUAAUUGUUGCUUUACUAUUAAACUCUAGAGCCACUCAAGAUGUAAUUUGUUAG